CGCUUUUCGCCCCAUUCGUAGAUAUGGCGGUGGUGUUGAGGGCGGCGGUGCUGUUGACGGCCUUAGCGCUUGAGGUGGUUGAAUCUCCAUAUUUGAUACUUCAAUGUGGUCAUGAACAAUAUAUUGAGUCUGGGAGACAUUGUUGCAAACGAUGCCCUGCAGGUACCCAUGUUGCUGAAAGCUGCAUUAAGCCACAUACGUCUGGAAUUUGUGCUCCCUGCCACGAAGGAACAGACUACACUGCUCAUGCAAAUGGAUUUGAGAAAUGCUUGCCUUGUGAUGAUUGCAAAUCUGGUUUUGAAAUGGUGAAGAGCUGCACUGUGAAGAGUAACACUGUAUGUCGGUGUAAAGCUGGGUAUUACUGUCCCCCAAGCUGUGAGGAAUGUGUUAGGUGCAGCACAAAGUGUCCUGAAGGGCAGAUUCCUGUGCAAAACUGCAAUGCCACGACAGAUAUGAAGUGUGGCCCUCCUACAGAAACCAAGGAUGCCACUUCACUUCAUAUAACCAUUGCAGUUGUCGUUGUUGUCGUUGUUGUUUUCAUUGUCUGUGGUGCUAUUGUAUUUUACUUGAAAUUUACAAGAAAUGGUUUCUGUCAAAGCGAUGAAGAAACGUCUUCCCAACCUUGGUGGGAGGACUGUAAGAAAAAGAAUGCUGGACCAAAUGGAGUUUCAUCUGAAUCGCUGCUUGUAAAUCAGAUAGAAAAGCUAGGUCCUGUAUCGGAAAACAAGUUGCCUGGGAAUACAGACCGAAGCGACCUGGCAGCAGGCAGAACAAAUGAAGAACUUCUCCUGGGAAGCACUGUGUCUCCCCUGGAAAAUACUGAAUCCACCGCUGCAAGCCUGCAGCCCAAUUUGCAGGGUUCAAGGCAACAACCCGUAGUAGUUGUGGUGGCUGAAAACUCUGAUUUUAAAGUGCUGAAUGAAAUCUAUUUAGACUCGAGGAAGGAGGUACCACUGUACUACUGGAAGAAUCUUAUGAGAAAGAGUGGCCUAGAAGACAAUGACAUUGAUGAAAUAGUGCGUGAUAACCCUUUCGAAAUCGAUGAACAACGUUAUCAGAUGCUAAAAACUUUACAAAACAAAUAUGGCAUUAAGGAUGCUUUGCUUAAAUUAUUAAAUGGCAUAUGGGCUAUGAAGCUUAUAAAUACUUAUGAAAAUCUAACAAAUGAAUUAAGAAGCAAAGGUAUAAUAACACUGGAUACCAAAGUCUAAUAUUUUGGUUUUUUAAAUAAAACUGAACAAGAGCAGAAUCUGCAAACUAAAAACUAUAUGGGUCUGGCUGACCUUAUUUUAGUGCAUGUAACUGCUGAGGAUGUAUAAGCAGAACACUGUUAAUAUGGUAAGUAUGGAGACUAGUACCAUUUGUCUGGAGAACAGAACAAUGUAUGAUGCAUAUCUACAUCUGUGUAUUUUGUAACAUCAAAAUGUGAGAUUGUAACGAACUCCUGUGAAUUGCUGUACUUGAACAUUUUUGCAAACAAAUCUUGAGCAGCUGCAAACAAACAGUUUGUCAUUCAGGCUCAAAGAAGGUAGGAAAUGAAUGUACACAGUUCAAAAUGAUGCAAUUUUACACCAUUUCCAAAUAUCUAAUGAAAUUGUUUCUGUAAGAUAUUCAACAGAAAGGACUGAAGUAUAUUGUAUCUUAAACACUCUUACAUUAUCAGAAAAAUAAUGUUCUUUAUAAAAUGUGCUUCCUAUUGUGACCAAACUUCAGUGUAAUA